AUGUACCUGAUGAAGGCAUAUCAUACUGUAAUGAAGACAGGAGUGUGUGACUUAUUUAUUUUUCAUUAGUGAGCACGGCAGCGCCUAACUUCAUAUGAUCCGUUUUAUAUGUCAUGAUUUCAUUAAAAUAACCUCAUAUCUAACAGUUUGACGAUGGCAUCCGUCACUCAUUUUCUUUCUCCAUGACCUUUGACCCCUCUAACCUCUCACCUCUUACCUCUUCUUCUGCGGUCUACUACAGGUAGGGAAGGUGAUGCCAGACGACACCUUCUAUUUCUCCAUCCUUCGUGACCCCGUAGCGCUCGCCGAGUCGUCCUACGCCUACUACAAAGUCGUUGCCCCUGCCUUCAAGAAAGCCAAAGGUACAUAUCUAUCAAUCAAUCAAUAUCUUUAUUGUCCUAAUUGGGAAAUCAUAUUGCACUCAGGGUUAAAAAAACAACAUCAUACAACAAUAAUUGCUCACUAUAUGUCUGCUGCAGAGAGACGAGAAAGCAUGAGAAAAUGAGCUUUGUUCACUUAUGGAAAUAAAAGUGCUGAAACAUGUUGGCUCACUAUUUAAAAAAAGAAGAUGGAGAACCAGCUAUAGGAUGAAAAAUACCGGAGUUUUGGCGCAGAUACAGCCGACUAGCGCUAGCUAACACUACCUAGCAAAAAAAUCGAUACUUGGAGUCAGUCAGGGUCAAUUCCAGUCAAUUCAGAAAGUAGACCAAUUUCCAAUUCCACAUUUUCCUAAUUGAAAAGCAUUGAAGAGAAUUUAAAUUGGAAUUUCAGUGUACUUCCUGAAUUUACUGGAAUUGAUCCCAACGCUGGUAAACAUAUCGAUAUAAUAUCAUCCAAAAUAUGUAAUUGUAUGGAUCCCCCCCCCCAUCACCAAUGUAUAUUGAGUCUGUAUGCUAUCAAAUGAAUAGCCUCAUUGAGGACAUUUAGGUUUUCUAAUCUUAAUGUAAUCUGACAGGCCUGGGAGACUUCGCCGACAACCCCCUGAAGUACUAUGACCCCCGUCUCCGUAACAACCACUACGCCCGCAACCUGCUGUCGUUCGACUUCGGCCUGGACCACAACGCCAACUUCUCCACCACGCUGGCGCAACGAGGUGAAGUGGCCAUCCGACAUGCCUUCAAACUCAUACUGGUCUCGGAGUACUUCGACGAAUCCAUGAUCCUGCUCCGCCACGCCCUCUGCUGGCCUCUGGAUGCUGUCGUCUCCUUCAGCCUGAACGCCCGGCAGCAAAAGCCCAGCAAAGGCAGCUCCUGGGUGGAUAAAGCGGCUGCUGCUCAGCCCCCCGCCAUGGCUCUCACAGACAACCAACGCCAGAAGCUCCGGGAGUGGAACGCCCUGGACUGGCACCUCUAUCAGGCAUUCAACCGCUCCUUCUGGGAUGAAGUGGAUCGCUUUGGGAGAGCCAGGAUGGACCAAGAGGUUGUUCUACUCCAGACCCGCCGGAAGUUGCUGGCUAAGGCUUGCCUGAGGGACGGCGGGAGGCCGGUGGAGGCAAGCCGCAUCCGGAACAAGGCCAUCAGGCCCUUCCAGAGCGGCUUGGUGAAGAUCCUGGGAUAUGAGCUCCAGCCUGGGCUGGACAACGCUACCCGUCAAGCCUGUCUGAGGAUGAUCAGGCCGGAGAUCCAGUAUAAAGACCUGCUGGAUGCCAGGCAGUUCCGCAGGGCAGCUCCCCCAGCCUGCCCAGGCUUGGGGAGCUUAUGUGAGGAAAGACCCCUCCUCCCAACUCAGGACAGGAGAGCUGGGAGUGGGGGGAGGAGGGAGGACGGGGGAGGAGGAGAGGGACUGGGACGGGAGUCUGUUAUCUCGUAA